AUGUUCAAUCUUUCGAAACUGGCGGAGCUGGCAAGAGAUACAAGUGCUGUCGGCCGCAAGAGCCUGAUCAGUACGCUCACUGACCUGUUUGUCAGUUCUGGUGACGACCGUGACGAACAGAUCAGCCUGCUAUUUGGCGAUAUCGUUCUGAAGGUGCUGGGUCAGCUCGAAGAAGAAACACGCAUGAUCCUGGCAAAAAGAGUUUGCCACGAAGAGGGUGCUCCUCACGAGCUUAUGGUUAAACUGGCGAAGGAUACGAUCGCAGUUGCGGAACCGGUGCUUGAACACUCCCCAGCGCUGACGUCCGAAGAUCUGGUGGAGAUUGCUUCCUCUGCAUCGAUGGAUCACCUGGGUGCGAUUGCCGGUCGAAAAACGGUCGACAAGACCGUGACGUCAGUGCUGGUUGACCGGGGUGAUAGCAAGGUUUUGACGAAAGUCGCGGAAAACGAGGGAGCGGAGUUCGCUGAAGCAUCGUUCCUCAAACUUGUCGAAAAAGCGCGUUCCGAUGAAUCGAUUCAGGCGGCGCUGGUCAGUCGCCCGGAUCUUCCGGAGGAGGCGGCGCAUGCCUUGCUGCCGUUUUUGACAUCUGCAUUGCAGGAACGGAUUACGGCGCUUGGGGCAGACAACACCCUUGUUCAUCUGCUGGCGGAAAGAGCAGCAACAGAAGUUGCUGCGCGAACGCACAAGCUGGACGAUGCGAGAGAAGAGUCAAACGCGCUCAUCAAGGAUGUGAUGAGCAAGAAGACAAACAUUGACGAAGCGGUGAAAAAUUUCGCCAGGGCAGACCGUACAGCUGAGCUGGGCAUGUUGCUGGCAAGGGUCAGCGACCUGCCUCAAGCGGCGGUAUCGCAACUGCUGUUCAGUGCAAGCGACAAGGCAUUGAUCAUCCUAUGCAAGGCGAACGGUGUGACCGCGGCUGCCUACAAGGAUAUUCUGACCAUGCGCGCUCGUCGGUUGCGGAUGGGUGGGCUGGAGCUGAAUGCGGCUAUCCAGCGAUAUGAUGCGCUCAGCGAACAGGGUGCAAAGCGUUCUCUGGAGACAUUAAAAAAGUCCGGAGCAACUUUCGGCCCCAAGCCAGAGGACGAGAACACCGAAAAAUCGAAGCGCCGUCCAAAAAAGAAUGUUCCAUUUGCCGCCAGCCGAUGA